AUGUACAAGCCCAUGUCCGUCAGACCUUUCUGCACCUUGUGCGAGGCCGCUUUCCAAGAAGGGGAACAUGUCGUCAUCAUCAAAGAGGAUGCCGAGCAGCCAUUACAGUCCGUCGAGUUCAACAUGAGUCAGCUCGAGUUCAUCAAAUCGGGGGCAACAGAGUCAACAGAGGCAUCAGAAACGACUAACUCGGACCCUGAGUCGGACCCUGACUUGCACCUUGACUCGGACUCUACCUUAAACUCUGAGGGGCUGAGCUGGAGUGAUUAUCUCAGAUACACUCUCACGUGGGAAAAUGACGGCAAAUGGUCACUGGCAAGUCACUUGACGUGCGCCGAAUAUUUGAUAAGCCACGGGUUGACUCCUUGGAAGAUAGCAAAGGUCCUUGCUGGGGACUUUGCAUUGUCACCAUCUGCCGCUGCCCAAAGACGAUACCACGUCCAAACACUAGCAAGGGUUGAACCCGCACAGCCCUCGGAUGAAGACAUUCUCAGCGAGAUAUCCAAGCUACCACCGGAGAUAACACAGCAAGUCGUACGAUGGUGUCUACCUCAUAUCAUGAUGUGCCAUGGUACUUCUCUCCCUGGCCUCCGUGAACCAGAGCCAGACGGUUAUUGGUUGAAUCAUCAGGGCCCAAUCUGGGCUACCUUCAUAUCCCUACAGGGAAACCACUACAUCAGCCGAUUAUCUAACAAACCCAACGAUGGAUCCUUUUCAGUAUUCAUCCGACCACCGUCUGACGGUAACAACACAUUCUAUGUCGCACAUGACCAUCUGGGCGUCAGAAAGGUCAUAUUUGCAAUCCCCGACAACAAAACAGUACCUGACACCACGGAGGACACGGUUCUGUGGUGGGAGACUAUUACCUUUACUGCCAUGAAUACACAGGUGAAGGUUAUAUCGGACGGUGUCAAAGUACGGUCUCUUUACCGCACACCAGGACUGAAAAGGCCUGCGAAAACAUACUGGCCGAGUCCCAUGAAGCCUCAAGAUCAUCCACGAGUUGCACGGCUCAACAGAGGAGCCAAGGGCUUGCCAAUGGUCAAGAGAAUGCGCCCUCUCGUUUUGAACGAUGUCGGGAUGAAUGCAUUGAGCGCCUGUUGUUAUUCUCAUAACGGUAUGAGGUAUUGUCUGGCCUUGGUCGCUCACUAUCCGAAUACGCCUGCAAUACGUUAUCAAGAUUACAGUCGCCACCUUCCUUCUCGUACUAAACCCAUGUGGCUCCACUUUGUCCUCGACGAGGGCGAACAGAUCACUGAGAUCUGGGGAUGGCAAACUCAUUCUCGGAGUAGUGAUCUAGUAAUGCGGACCAGCAAAGGGCGAAUUUGGAACAUCGGCCCAAUGGUUUCUGAGAGGGAGCCAUUCAACUGGAAUCACCUCGUUGACCUGCCUACUGGAGAACCCUCUACUAUCUACUUUGAUGAAUCACUGAGAGGUAUCAACCAAUUGGCUUUUCAAGAAAAGAAUAAGCCAUUAGUCGGUGCCAAGGCAGCACCCGAGGUGACGACAACUCCGGUUACUGGAUCAUGGAGGAGAAACUACUUUUAUUUCUCAGAACGACUAAAAGGCCUAUUAACUAUCACGCCUUGCUGGAUCAAGAACAGGAACGGCCUGACAGAAAUCACCGGCCUUGUGCUUCGCUACGGGGACGGUCGUGUGCGUACUCUUGGCGUCGUGCGGUUGGAUUGUCUGGCUGAACCAAUCGAUGUCACGGCCAGCGCUGGUAUGUCGUUAUCGCGGAAAGACAUCACUCAUAUCGUGGAUAUACAAACGCAUCCUCACAAAGUUGAAACGAGUGAAUCGAAAUGGUUUCCAUGGAGGGGGAGGUUGACUUGGUGGGGUCGGUAUUGGGGUGGUAUCUCGCUUUUUCAUGAAGUGCCUGAGGACACCUUCAAACCUGUAUGA